AACGAAUCCAAACCUAACAAUAAAAAGAAAACGUUACAAAAAAAUAUGUAACAGAGAAAAUAACAAAAAUAUAACGAAGGGAAAGACUAAAGAAGAGACACAUUCAUUAACAAUUCAUACACCUUUGUUCAAAUCAACGAAUAAGCUUCUUUAUUUUAAUGGCAAAGCCGGAAAAUGACGUCACCUUAACCGAGAAACAAACAUGGAGCACAUGGGAAGAGCUUCUUCUCGCCUGCGCCGUACACCGUCACGGUACCGAAUCAUGGAACUCUGUUUCCGCCGAAAUCCAGAAACUGAGUCCCAACCUCUGUUCCCUCACCGCCUCCGCUUGCCGCCACAAGUACUUCGACCUCAAAAGCCGGUUCACCCAAGAGCUGCCCGUACCGGAAUCCGUCGCUGAGAUCUCAACCGCUCCUUGGCUAGAGGAGUUAAGGAAGCUCCGCGUCGAUGAGCUCCGUCGCGAAGUUGAACAGUACGAUUUAUCUAUCUCCACGUUGCAGUCGAAGGUGAAGCAAUUGGAAGAAGAGAGAGAGAUGAGUUUCAUUAAACCGGACACGGAAACCGAGAAUUUAGAUCUAGAGAGGAAGAAAGAGCGUAGCGAUUCCGGUGAACCAGUCCCAAACCCGCCGGUUCAGCUAAUGAACGAAACCAUUUCUCCAGAUCCCAAAGAAAUCGGAUCGGAAAACACGGAGAGGGAGGAGGAAAUGGCCGGAAGCGGCGGCGGAGAAUCGAAGCUUGCCGGAGAGGAUUCUUGUAGAGGAAGCUGUGAAAGUGUGGAGAAGGAACCGACGACGAACUCGGAGAGAGUUGAACCGGUGAGUGUGACCGAGUUGAUAGAGUCGGAGGACGGAGCGAGUCGUGGAGAGGAGAUUACUAGUGAUGUGCAGAGCUCGGCGAGCUUGCCAAGAAAGGGAACGUCGGAGCCGGAUAAGGAAGAUCAAUCUCCGACGAGCGCCAAAGAUUUCACCGUUGAAUCACAGCCGUUGAUUAGUUUUGUCGAGAUUCUUCUGUCUCAUCCCUGUGGUUCCCACUUUUCGCGCCGACUCGAACGUCAGGAAACAAUUGAGUACGGUACAAUAAUUAGAGAGCACGUAGAUUUUGAGAUAAUUCGGAAGCGAGUCGAAGGAGGCUUGUACAAAAGUUGGAGGAUCAACUUCUUUCGUGAUUUGCUGCUACUUGUUAAUAAUGCAAGAGUGUUUUAUCACAGAGGAUCUUCAGAGUUUAAAUUUGCUGAGCAGCUUCACCAACUCGUCAAGAAACAGAUGACUACUACUCUCAAGGGACUUAGUAAUAGAGAUGAGAUCUCAAUCUCACCACCAAAAGAAGAAGUUGUUGCAAUCCCUUCAUCAAAGCCUGUUUCUUCUAAACCAAGAAUGUCUGUUCCUAAUAUUGUAGCUUGUCGGAAACGUAGUGCCUUGGCUGCUAAACCUUUGCUAUUAUUGCCUCCUGGACCAGAUAAAAAGGCCAAGAAAACAGAUCAUGUUGUGGACUAUGAUGAGAAGCCGGUUUCAGACAAGGAUGGUGAAGCCUCUGGGAAAGACGAUGAUGACUCUCUGAUUGUGAAGAUAAUGACUAGAGGAAGAACCUCCUCGACGGGAAAAGUAGCUAACAGGAACGACAAGAACCGUGACUCCAGUUUGAAUGUUGAUGAUAGCAAAGAUAAGGUUAAGAAAACUGAUGAAGAGAAGAAAGGUGGCUCGAAAAAGAAAAGGGCUGCGAGUUUUCUCAGGAGAAUGAAAGUGGGCUCUUCGGAUGACACAUUGAAGCGUAGCUCUGCUGCUGAUUCUUCUACUACGGGAAAAGGAGGAGGAGCGGAACAGAGGAAGAAUAACAGCAACAAAGCUGAUAAUAAGAAAACACCGAUACCAAAGAUAAGACAAACAAAUAAGAAAGCAAGUCCUGUGAAGAGAAGCAAUAAUGGUCGAAACUCAGAAAGAGAAGCUGCUCCAUCUUCUUCAUCUUAUCCUAUUCUAGCAAAGCGAAGCAGAGAUGCUGGUGAAAAAGAGGAGGCGUCUUCUUAUUCACCACGCUUGAAGAAACGUGCAAGGAGGUGAUUUAGUUAUUGUACUACUUCUAUAACUUAACUUGAGAUGAAAAUCAGAAACUAAUAAAUUCCAAAGAGUCGCAAAACAUUCGAAAGGAUAUGCUUAUAGAUAUAUUUGGGCCCAC